UGCAAUUCACUCGCCUUGCCUCCUUAUUCACUCUACUCCGCCCAUCUCUUGUUCGUCAUGCUUUCUCCAGCCCUGUCUAGCCAACCCUCUCUUCUUUGCUCGCUCCACACCGCAGGUCAUUUCCUGACCAGUUUCCAUAUCACAACAAUGCACGCCCUCUCGCCCUUGCCCUCGCGACCUCGCCCAUCCCUCUGCCCGCACUCUCGUCUCUGCUUUGCGCACACUCUGCCUUGUAGUCGCCAUGCCCUACUUUCGAAAGGUCGAGGUAUCCGUCGUAGCUGGCCCCGAAGCACAGACCUUACCAGAGUACCCUCAUCCUCACGGAUCGUCUGUUCGGCUCGUCAAGGUUGACCGUGGCCCCCAGAGCCCGCAUGCUUUCUCCUAUCAGCACCGUACAGGUGACGAUGGCCCAACUAACCACAAGAAAGCCAACCCCCAUAUGGCUGUAUUUAUUCCCUCUAGUCCAGGCCAAUUCUGGGUCAGGUAUAUCAUAGACCAGCCGCCCCCCUCAAAGUUCCUCUUUUUCAAGAUGUCCAUAAAUGGACAUCGCAUGACCUCUUGGGGAGUCGACACAGCCACUUGCUCUAGUGGGAGUGUAACAAGACACCUCUAUGAGCCUAGCGACGGACUCAAGGCUGUAAGUAAGAGCGCCGGCGGGGCCUCUGCCACCAAAAUUGAGGCAAGGACAUUCUACUUUUUACCUGGGCUAGAAGGAGGACUUGCCAUUGAAAGAGGCGGCUUUAUCGAGAUUCAAGUAUUCCGCUGUCGAGAACGAAAGCCUGCUGCUCCUGACUUGAGUGCGUACCAGUACCGCCGCCAGGAGCGCUUUGGGAUCGUCUUGCCUAGUACUGGCUUCAUGGACAACCCGGAACAGGCUACUUUCUACAAGUACCACCUGGACGACCCUAGAGAUUCGCCCUAUGCAACAUUUAGUUUCCAUUACAGCUCUAUGGAAGAUCUCGGACAGUUGGGUGUGACUCCCCAGGAUGAAUCCAAAUCUCAUUUAUCGUGUAUAAACACCGGAAGCACAUUAACCUCCGACCCUCGGCAUGCCCACCCCAAAAUAACUCCUUCUCGGCCUAUGCGCUGGUCUCCCUCUGAUGCUGGAUUUCCUGGUCUAGAGGAGUGCUCUCAGACGAGUACCCUUCCGUUGCCACCCAUUUCGCCAGCUAGAACGACUACCGACAACCUGGAAAUAAUAGAGAGAGACGGAGCUAUGGAUGAGAUCCCAUGUACACAGCUGCCGAAGAUACCCAGAGUGUUCUUGAGGCAGGAAUCCCGAGAUUCAUUGAAGUCCAACUGUCCAUCAUUGACAUCAUCCCUGAAGGAUUAUAUUGACAGCGAGGACUUCGGAGACGCAGAUGUUGCGGUGUGUACGGCACAAGCCAUCUUGGUACCGGUAUCUGAGUCGAGUUCUAGCAACAUGACCUCCCACGGCUAGAACACCCCUCGGUGCUCAAAUUGCGCGACCACGCCGUCUUUUCAAGUAUUAGAAGGAUCGCCAAUGCCGUCAUGCCUAAGAGGAUAUCCCGACUCUUACUGACAUUCCUUGUCUCCAGCUUGAUCAGUCGGAUUCCUCUGCCUCACAAUCCUUGCCGACAUAUAAUGCUACAUUGCCGCCCUAUGGAUGAGAUCAUCCCUUGGCUCAUGAGGGUUGCUCCUCCCUGGCCGAGGCAGAGUGGUUCGGUUGGGCCUAUGGCCCCCUGAGAAGUAUUUACUAGGUUCCUAUGCGAUAGAAUCUUUGGAUCUGAAAGGAAACGACGCCGGUGACGCUAAGAACCCCGAUCAACAUCCUGCCAUCGUGCCCGCUUCCCCAGAAGCACCAAGAAGGGUAGUGGGUCUCCCGUGGCUGUUAUGGGGGUUUGCGAUGCUGUUCUAUUCGGGCUGCUGAAUUCGCGGUAGUUGGGCGGGUUCGGUCAUUAUUCGGGCGGUUAGUCGACUUAUUCUCGUAACUUGGCUCCGAAAGGAAUACAUAUUAUCAUGCUAUUAGGGCAGACAACACCCCGGAGGGGGCCGUUCCAAGCCCCGCCCCUUUAUAUGUUUAUAUUCGCUUGUGAUAACCCGGCCUCGGGGGCUCUUCGUGGCUGCU